UUGUGUCUGUGUCAUUAUUGGUCCCUGGAACCAGCUUCUAUGCCUCACUGCUCGACUGCUCAACUCGAUCAGAUAUUCUUAGGCAAUUUAUUCUAACAGCUGGGGGCUCGUGCGUGAAAGGGGGGGACUCUCCUUGUGAACCAGGAAAAAGCCUAGAGAGCGAGAAGGCAAAGUGUGCCGGAGAUCAGAGGAGGACCUACAAUAAAAGGGGGGGCUGACAGGAGCCAGUUUCUUCAGUGUGUUUGAGGGAGCAGAGGAGAAACUUGUGCUGACAGUCAAACAGACGGUGAGACGAGCAGAAGAAGAUGGAGGGAUGUCUGACACUCGUUUUACUCUUCACUAUAAUCACUCUAACCACAUCUGAUUUUGAGACUGUUAGGUUGGUUGGUGGUAACAGUCCCUGCAGUGGUCGAGUGGAGGUUCUUCAUAAUGGUCAGUGGGGAACAGUGUGUGGUGAUGACUGGGAUAUGACUGAUGUUGCAGUGGUGUGUAGAGAGCUGGGAUGUGGAGAGGUUGUAGAGGCUCUGGGUGAUGCUCGUUUUGGACAAGGAUCAGGACCAAUCUGGAUGGAUAAUGUGGCCUGUAGUGGAUCAGAAUCAACACUUAAGGACUGUAGAUCAUUAGGAUGGGGUGUUCAUAACUGUGGUCAUCAAGAAGAUGCUGGAGUCAAAUGCUCAGAAACUAUAAACUACGGAAGGUCAAGACUUGUGGACGGGUCUCACCUGUGCUCUGGAAGAGUGGAGAUGUAUUUUGGAGGACGAUGGGGUUCAGUGUGUGACGCUGUCUUUGACCAGAAGGAUGCAGAGGUUGUGUGUAGAGAGCUGGACUGUGGGGCUCCUGUACAGGUGCUGGGAGCAGCUGCUUUUGGCAAAGGAGACGCUCAGAUGUGGACACAAGAGAUUCAGUGUAGAGGAAAUGAAUCACACAUUCGACACUGUCCAUCAUCAAACUCGAUUAAAAUAAACUGCACCCAUGAAAAUGAUGUCGGACUGAUAUGUUCUGGUUACACUGAUCUCAGACUGGUCAAUGGUCCUGACAUCUGUUCUGGUCGAGUUGAACGUCAGUACUUCAGUAAAUGGGGCACAGUGUGCGAUGCAUGCUGGGAUAUGAGAGCUGCCAGUGUCCUCUGUAGACAGCUGAAUUGUGGGAUUGCUGUGUCAGUUGUGGGAUCAGACUGGUUUGGAGAGGGAAGUGGUGAAAUCUGGGCUGAUGUGUUUGAUUGUGACGGGAAUGAAACAAAACUCUCAGAAUGUUCCAUCUCUUCAUGGAGUCGAGCUGAAUGUUCUCAUAGACGAGAUGUUGGAGUCAUCUGCUCUGAUUCCUCUCUGGCUCUUCAUGACGGUCUGGUGCGGUUGUCUGGAGAGAGACAGUGUGAGGGGGAGGUGGAAGUUUUCAUCCAUCAGGUCUGGAGGAGAGUUCUGCUGGACUCCUGGAGUCUCUCUGAAUCCUCUGUGGUCUGCAGACAGCUGGGCUGUGGCUCUGUGCUGAACUUCUCCAGCUCCUCUUCAUCCAGUCCUGAACACAGUCAGGAGUGUGUGACGGGCUUCCAGUGCUCUGGGAGUGAAGCUCACCUGGGGAACUGCAGCUCUCCACAAACUCUCAACUGCAGUUCCACACAACAGCUGUCAAUCACCUGCAUCAGUCGCGGGUCCAUCAGGCUGGUGGGUUCUGGUGGAGACUGUGCAGGGAGGCUGGAGGUUUUUCACAGCGGCUCAUGGGGGACAGUGUGUGAUGACUCCUGGGAUAUUAAAGAUGCUCAUGUGGUGUGCAGACAGCUGCAGUGUGGAGUGGCCCUCAGUAACCAGCAGGUACCAGCCUGGUUUGGUCCUGGUUCUGGACACAUAUGGCUGGAUGAGGUGGAGUGUGAGGGGAAUGAGACGUCCCUGUGGAGCUGCUCUUCUCCAGGCUGGGGAAAACAUGACUGUCAACACAAGAAGGAUGUAGGAGUCGUGUGCUCAGAGUUUAAAGAGAUCAGGUUAACUGAUGGCUGUGAAGGGAAUCUGGAGGUUUUCUACAAUGGAUCCUGGGGUAAUGUGUGCUGGAACCAGAUGGACGGAGAUACAGUGAGUCUGAUCUGUCAAGAGCUGAACUGUGGAAGAUCUGGUGUUUUGUCUGAUUCUUCAGCAAGAGUGAAAUCAGCUCCUAACUGGCUGGAUAAAGUUACAUGUCGACCACAUGAUUCAUAUCUGUGGCAGUGUCCAUCUUCACCCUGGGGACAGAAUGACUGUGAUAGUAAGGAUGAAGUGGCCAAAAUCACCUGCUCAGAGGAGGAGAAUCAGGAGUCUCCUCGUAGUCAUCUGACAUGUUCAAUCUCACCAUCUCCUUACCAGAAAGAGUGUUCAAAUCAUGCACCUCUCAGACUGAGUGGAGGGGAUGGCCGGUGCUCUGGGAGGCUGGAGGUGUAUCAUAACGCUGUGUGGGGCUCAGUCUGUGAUGAUCAGUGGGACAUCAGCGAUGCUCAGGUGGUCUGCAGGCAGCUGGGUUGUGGAGCAGCACUGAGGGCUGAUGGGAAUUCAGUCUUUGGUGCUGGUGAAGGUGUUGUGUGGAUGAACAAAGUCGAGUGCAGAGGAAAUGAGAUUCAUCUGUGGGACUGUCCUCUCUCCCUGAAUAACCACACUGACUGCUCCCACAAAGAGCACGCUGGACUCACCUGUGAAGGUCAUAGCCAAACAAAAAGUUACACUGAUCUCAAGCUGGUAAACGGUCCUGACAUCUGUUCUGGUCGAGUUGAACGUCAGUACUUCAGUAAAUGGGGCACAGUGUGUGAUGCAUGCUGGGAUAUGAGAGCUGCCAGUGUUCUCUGUAGACAGCUGAAUUGUGGGACUGCUGUGUCUGUUGUGGGAUCAGACUGGUUUGGAGAAGGAAGUGGUGAAAUCUGGGCUGAUGUGUUUGAUUGUGACGGGAAUGAAACAAAACUCUCAGAAUGUUCCAUCUCUUCAUGGAGUCGAGCUGAAUGUUCUCAUAGACGAGAUGUUGGAGUCAUCUGCUCUAGUGAGAGGACUUUAUUGAAAAAUGUGUUAUAA